UUAUAAUUGAAAAAUUGUGCGGAAGAGUAAUCCGUUGAAGAAAAUUUUUUAAAGAAGCAAAAAAAAAAAUGAUUUUAAAAAUCUAUGUGCUCAUUGUACUUGGUGUACUGUGCCCAAAGGGUGAAACUGCAGAUGCAGACAAUGGCAAAUAUGUCGUCUGUUAUCAAGGCACCUGGGCUACCUAUCGCCAAUCUAAUGGCAAAUACGACGUGAACAAUAUUGACCCCUUCCUGUGCACACAUUUAAUGUAUGCUUUCUUUGGCAUUGAGGAGAGCGGUGAGCUUCGCAUUACUGAUCCCGCUUUGGAUUUGGGGGAAAAUGGUGAAGAUGGAUAUAUUAGCAAAUUCAACGCACUCAAGCUACAAAAUCCGAGUUUGAAAACGAUUGCAGCAGUUGGCGGUUGGAGUGAGGGUUCGAGAAAUUUUUCAAUUGUAGCCAAUGAUCCGGAACGUCGCCAGAGAUUUGUACGAUCGGCGGUGCAAUUUAUACAGCGCCAUGGUUUCGAUGGUUUGGACAUGGAUUGGGAAUAUCCCAACCAGCGACAUAAUUUGACUUUUGAUGACAAGAAUAAUUUUGUAACGCUGUUGCGUGAAUUGAAGGAGGGUUUUAAGCCUUUCCAGUACAUACUCACCGCCGCAGUUGGCGCAUCCGCAGCGACUGCUUCGAUAUCAUAUAAUAUAACAGAGAUUUCCAAGUACUUGGAUAUCAUAAAUGUAAUGGCUUAUGAUAUUCACGGCACGUGGGAAUCAGUGACUGGCUAUAAUGCGCCAUUAUAUGCUGGUCCAAACGACACCACCGAGGCGAGUAGGCAACUCAAUUUAGAUGCUAUAAUUAAAUAUUGGUUGGCACAAGGUGCACCUCGUGAGAAACUAGUAGUCGGCGUACCAUUCUAUGGACGCACCUUUACUCUCGCCGAUGCCGCGCAACACUCCGUGGGAUCGCCAAGUUCAGGAGCAGGUAUAGCGGGCCAAUAUUCUGGAGAGGCCGGCUCUAUUGGCUAUAUGGAAUUGUGUGAGCGUAUGCUCACCGAACAGUGGCAAGUCGAAUGGGAUGAAGCGCAAUUGGUACCAUAUGCUUAUUUAGGACAGCAGUGGGUGAGCUUUGAUAACCCACGCAGUAUUGGUCUGAAAGCGCAAUAUGCUAAAGAUAACAAUUUGGGCGGCGUGAUGGUGUGGUCAUUGGAGACUGAUGACUUCCGUAACCUUUGCUCUGGUGGGAAAUAUCCUCUAUUACAAACCAUCAAUCGCAUACUCUUCGAGCAAUGACCUGUAGCGCUUAGUUAUGCAGUGGCACCACUUGUGGACGGUCAAAUGAAUCAUAAGGGUAUAGUGCGGAUUUUUAAAAGCAGCUUAAAAAUGGUAAACUCAAUUAAUUUCGAAAAUGUUUCUAUGUAACGAAAGUUUGUAAUAAAAUUAAAUCUUUAGAAA